AUGGGAGAUGCUGAGCAGCAUCGUCAUCACUGGCUUACUGCAGUGGUAUGGUUUGCCUUCCAAAAAUGCCCGGAUGAAGCUAGAAGCUUUUCCCCUCGUGGCAUCAGCUAUUCCACAAGCCCCGGCCAGUUCGACACGAAGCGAACAACUACGCUUUAUGUCGCCAAAGACGGCACCGGGCCCGCGACACAUCCUCUCGUCACCUAUGAUGCUGGUCAAAUUCUCUUUCCCUCUGACGUCGGACCCAGCGGUGCUUUGAGUCCUCUCGUUGGCUGGCACCGAUUGCCACAGCGAACGAAAGACCAGUUCAACGGCAUCGAAUACGAGCACACCAAGGUGCCCUUCAGCGAUGGGAACUUUCAAGCCUACCUAGAUGCAGCUUACAACGAGGCCUUCUACGACGGUGUCUCAACGGCAAUGGAUUGUGGAUCUUUAGAUCCCCAGCAGUCCAUGAUCGACCCAGACUUGGAGGACAUGCCUCCUGCCGAACCUACAGCACCACCUUCCUAG